GGAAAACACCGUCACGCGUCUUUUUCGUCAAACGUUCCUUGUGUGUGUUUUGUGCGUCGUGUGACACUCUUCUACGUUUCCCAUCUACGACACGAUUCUGGAUUAAAGUGGUGUCAUCGUAAUCAGUGUGCAGUGUUAUAUUCUAUAUGAUAUAAUUUAUUAUUCUUGAAUCGUAUAGUUUGUUUGUUUCUUUUUUUUUUUUUUUUCUACUUCUUCUUCUUCCCAUAUUUAAACAACUCGAUGAUAAUAAAUAUUUUUGUUCGUUGGUUGUUUUUCGUAAUUGGCAAUUCGAAAGAAGAAGAUAAUUGAUAUAUAAUAUAAUUGAAGUGUGUUUGCCAUUCUCUGUGUGAAUAAUAAAUGAAAUUCAUUAAUUACAAUAUUUAAACCCAGAGGGUGUAGAUUUCGUGAGUAAACGAAUAUAUACGUAAAGAAAUUCGAAAAAAAACAAAAAAAAAAAAAGAAUCUAAAUCUAGAGAAUUGAAAUCUUCGUUGUUGCCGACAUAUUGUAAUACAUAACGACAACAAUCGAGUUAAACGUUCCACGGCUAUGCAGUGUCGCGAUAUUGUUUACUGCACGAGGAGGUAACCUUGAGGCAACAAGAGAGCGUCGAUCUCUUGCCUGCGCGUAAACCGGCAUCCCUCUGCCACCCCCAAAAAAACGGAAAAAAAAACAAAACAAAAAAACAAAACACCGACGAAACAUGUGGACCACAGUGAUACUUUGGACGGCUGCCGUCGUUCUGCUACCCUCACCGCUCGAGGUGAGCGGUUCCGGAGUCUUCGAACUGAGGUUAAAAUCCUUCAUAAACGAGUACGGGAAGGACAGCUUGGGGAAAUGUUGUUCCGGAAACACCUCGAGGACGGGGGAAUGCUCGGGCCCUUGCAGGACGAGGUUCAGGGUGUGCCUGAAGCACUAUCAGGCAAAGAUCGACACGACGACGCCGUGCACCUUUGGCGACGUCGUUACGCCGGUGCUGGGCGACAACGUCGUGAACCUCAGUUCUACGAUCUCGUUGCCGAGUUUCUCGAACCCCAUCAGAUUCCCGUUCGACUUUACGUGGCCGGGCACCUUCUCGCUAAUAGUGGAGGCGUACCAUGACACGGACAAUUCCACGCAUCCUGAGAAAGUUCUCAUCACGAGGCUAACGACCCAGAGGUGGCUGGACGUUGGUUUAAACUGGACCGUCGACGAGCACCGAAGCGCUCACUCAAGGAUGGUCUACGAGUACAGAGUCACAUGCGACGCCCACUACUACGGUGCCGGAUGUGUCAACCUGUGCCGACCCCGCGACGACCGAUUCGGUCACUUCAGCUGCAGCCCGAGCGGCGAACGCGUCUGCCUAGCAGGAUGGAAGGACUCGUACUGCACGACCGCUCACUGUCUGCCAGGAUGCGACGAGCAGCACGGUCACUGCAGUCAGCCAAACGAAUGCAUAUGUCACAGCGGAUGGAAAGGGGCGCUUUGCGAUCAGUGCGAGCGCUACCCGGGCUGUCUUCACGGCACGUGCGAAAAGCCUUGGGAGUGUCUGUGCGACGAGGGAUGGGGCGGGCUAUUCUGCAACCAGGAUUUGAACUACUGUACGAAUCACAAGCCCUGCAUGAACGGCGGCACCUGCUUCAACACCGGUCAGGGCAGCUACACCUGCUCGUGCGCGCCAGGGUUUAAGGGCACGGACUGCGAGACCUCGCUGCAGGACUGCAGCUCGAAUCCCUGUCGGAACGGCGGAUCGUGCACGGAGAACGCGACCCUGGGCAUCGGGAAGACGGGGUAUCGGUGCACCUGCCAGCCCGGAUGGCGAGGAAGACACUGCGAGUCCGAGUCCACGGCCUGCAGGGAUUCACCCUGCCUCCACGGCGCGACCUGCGAGGACCAUUCUCUCAAGGGGUACGUCUGCCACUGUCCACCCGGGUACUCGGGGACCGAUUGCGAGACCCAGAUCAACGACUGUUCGCCAAAUCCAUGCACGAACGGGGGGACCUGCGUGAAUCAAUUGAACGGCUACCGGUGCAAAUGCCCGCCAGGUUUCGACGGCGAGAGGUGCGAGAAGAACGUCGACGACUGUCUGGGGAAUCCCUGCCUGAACGGAGCCACAUGCAUAGACCUCGUGAACGAGUUUCGGUGCCAGUGCGUGCCCGGUUUCGUUGGCAAGCUGUGCGAGAAGAAGGUAGAUUACUGCGUCGCUAAACCGUGCGCUAACGGGGGCAAGUGCGUGCCCGGGACGAACGACUACGUCUGCUAUUGCAAGCCGGGCUUCUCCGGGAAGGACUGCAGCGUGGACGUCGACGAGUGCAGGAGCGCGCCGUGUCAGAAUUCCGGCUCGUGUCAGAACAGGGUUAACGGAUUCGUCUGCUUGUGCGUCGACGGAUGGCGGGGCGAGACCUGCGCCGAGGAGGUCGGGGCGCCGCCGGCCGCCGUACCCUCGGGGCCGAGCUACUGGACCGGAAACAUAUCGAAACCGGUGACAUCCGCCGAGGCGAGGGACGCCGGACUCACGACCGAGCACGUCGUCGUCAUAGCCACCCUCUCGACGGCGGUCCCGGCCUUCGUUCUCGUCGCGGCCGUCGCCGUGAUGUGCAUGAAGAGGCGGCAGAAGCGGGAACAGGCCAAAGCCGACGAGGAGGCCAGGCUGCAGAACGAGAGGAACGCCGUUCACAGCAGCAUGAGCAAGAGGAGCGGCGGUAGCUGUUCCCUGGGCGGCGGCGAUCCUCACAUGAUAAAAAAUACCUGGGGGGCCGCGAACAAGAGUGUUAACAACGUGACGAGGGACGACCUCGACUCGUCCUUUCAGACCGACAACUGCACCAUUGACUCGUCCUGCUCCGGCGGCGGGGGCGGCUACAAACCGGAACCCGUCAUGCAGGACGUCAGGACGAACGCGAGGACGACGAAACAGCUGAAUAUCGACGCGGCGGCCGCGGCUCAUAGAGCGUCCCACCUUUUCAAGGAAAAGGACUGCAUACUAGAGGCCAAGAGGACCUCGAUGUUCGCCGAUCAGCAGCAGUCCUGCUGCGAACGGGCCGAACCACCCCUGCUGAAAAGGCCGCCGGCGACGAUCGCGGACUCCACGUGUGUCGAUCCCGCCGCUGGCGCCGGGGGCGUCUACGUUAUCGACGAUCAUUACAGGCACGACGCCUCACUCGCCGCGACGCUCGCGACGGAGGUCUAGCCUACACUUACAUUUAUAUUGUGCUUGUGCGGUAAUGUGUGGUAGGUGCGCGCGCGGGAGGAGAAAACGUAAAGGAGAACGAAAACAAAAA